AUGAAUAAAAUAAAUUUUAACAUUUUAGACAAUUUUGAAAAAUUAAUAAAACUUGAAAAUAUUUAUGAAAAUAAAGAAAUAGAAUUAUGUUAUGAACAUUUAAGUAAGGAUGAAUUAAUUGAAAAAGGAAUUUUGUUGAAUAAUUUAACUAUUAAAGCAGUUACAAAACAUAGUGACAAUCAUAAUUCUUAUGUUUUAAAAUUAGUAAAAAAAAAAAAAAAUGUUGAAACUAAUGAUUUAAGUGAUGAUGAAAACUUGGACAAUUUUAAUCAUAAUUUAUUUAGCAAAGGUAGUAUUGUACAUUUUUCAAAAAAGAGAAAAAAAUAUAUAUUAAAUAAAGAAAAAAAUAUAAAUAAUUCUAUAAUUACGGAUAUUGUAAAUAUAUAUGUAUGUACUGUUCAUAAAAUUAAAAAAAAUCAAAUUAGUAUAUUAAUUAGAAAUAUCAAUGAUUUAUGUAAAGAAUUAAAUGUAAGUAACGCAUAUAUGCUAAGUGAUAAAAAUUUCUUUGAUGUAUGCCUAGUUAAUAGUGAAAUAUCUGUUAAAAGACAACUUCAUGCAAUUAAUCUCAUGAAGAACAAUUUGGAAAAUCCUUCAGAUAUUCUAAAAAUUUUAUUUUUAGAUAAACAUCCAACCCAAAGUCCAUUUAUAAAAGAAGUUUUAAAUAUUUUUGAUAAAUAUGAAAAAAAUGAAGAAAAAAACAAUAAAGAUAAUGGAGAAAAUAAGGAUAAUAAAAGGGAAUACAAUCCACCUAACAAUAUAGAAAGUUGUUUAAUUGAAAAUGGAGAAAAAAAAUUAAAUGAUAAUUUGGAAAGUUUUUUAAUUGAAAAUGGAGAAAAAAAAUCAAAUGAUAAUUUGGAAAGUUGUUAUAAUGAGCAAGCCGAUGACAAUAAUAAUUUUAUAAAAGAGGAAAAUAUUGAAAAUAUUGAAAAUAUAGAAAAUUAUAUAUAUAAAUGUGAUAAAAUAGAAUGGGGAAAUAAGAAUUUAAAUUAUAAUCAGAAAAAAGCAGUAUACUUUUGUUUAUAUUCUAAUGAUAUUUUUUGCAUUCAUGGACCACCAGGGACAGGUAAGACUACUGUAUUAUGUGAAGUUAUUUUUCAAUUAAUAAAAAGAAAUUUUAAAAUUUUAGUAACUGGUCCAAGUAACGUUUCAGUAGAUAAUAUUUUAGAUAAAUGUAUUAAGAUGAACAUUAAGAACGUUGUUAGAAUUGGAUUAAAAUCAAAAAUAAAAAAGGAAUUAUGGAGUUACAGUUAUGAUGAAAAAAUAAAAGAGUGUGAUAGCUAUAAACUAUGUGAAGAUAUUGAUAAAGAUAUCGAAAAAUUAAAAUUAGAGAUUGCAAAAUUAAAAAGUAAAAAAAAAUCAGAAAAAAGUUUAUAUGACAGAAAAAGCAUAAUAAAUCUAAAAUAUGAAAUAAAAUUAUUAAAUAAAAGUCGUAAAAAAAAAAGGAAUGUUUUUUUUAAUGAAUUGAUGAAUAAAAAUAAUGUUUUACUUACUACAUGUUCUAGUAGCUCUAAUUAUGAGUUGAAUAAAUUCGUUAAAUAUUCUAAUUUUUUGUUUGAUGCAGUAUGUAUUGAUGAAUGUUGUCAAUGCACAGAACCUUUAUGCUAUAUACCUAUUUCUUUUUCAAAAAAAAAUGUUUUCCUGUUUGGAGAUCAUAAACAAUUAUCUCCAUUAAUAAAAUAUGAUAAGAAUAAUAAUAAAUUGAAUGUAACAUUAUUUGAAAGAUUAAUUAAAAAAUACCAAAAUAAAAUUUCUUUUUUAUUAAAUAUACAAUAUAGAAUGAAUGACCUUAUUUUAAAAUGGUCUAAUAAGAUUUUUUAUGAAAACAAACUAAUUUCUCACAAUUCAUGUAAAUAUAUAACUGUUGAUGAUCUUAUAUCUAAUUCUAAUGAGAAAAAAAAAAAAAUUAGUAAAGAAAAUAAUAAAAAAAAUAAAAAAAAAGAUAAUAAACAAAAAAAAAAUAAAGAACUGGAUAUUAUACAAAAUGAUAAUGCGAGUUGCAUGAUAAAAAAUUAUUCCUAUUACCCAAUUACAUGGAUAGAAACAGAUGGAUUUGAUGAAUUUCUAGAUGAUACUAAUGAUUUAGAUAUGAUAAAUUUAGAAAUAAAAGAAAAAAAGAAUCAUCAAAUUAACGAUCAAUCGAAAAAUGUUACAAAAAAAAUAAAACAAGAAAAUAAUAUGAAAAAUACAAAGGAAUAUGAGACAAAUCCAGGAAAUACUAUAUCAAAUAAUAAGGUAGUGUUUGAAAAAAACAAAAAUAACCAUAAUAUAAACGAUAAAUAUGAUGUAAAUAAUGAUAAUAAAAAAUGUGAUAUUUCCAAUAUAGAAAAGCAUGAUAUAGAUAAUUUAAAAAAAAAAUAUAAUGAUAAUUAUUUUAAUAGCAAUGAUAGUGAAGAGUUUAAUGAAGUUAAUUCAUUAAAAAAUUUAAAUGAUAAUGAAUUAAAUGAUAUUGUAAAAAUUGACAUUGAUGAUAUUAUAAAUUUAAAUAAUAAAUCUCGUAGUAACAGUGGUGAAGCAUAUGUUAUAUAUAAAUUAAUAGAACGAAUGGUUAAAAUAAACAAUAUAAAUACAGAUUAUAUAUGUAUAAUAACCCCGUAUUCAAAGCAAAUGAAUUUAUUAAGGAAUAUAUUUUAUGAUAAUUUUUAUGACGAUAAAAAUUAUACUAAUAUUUAUAAAAACAUUGAAAUAUCAACUGUAGAUUCCUUUCAAGGAAGAGAAAAAGAAAUUGUAAUACUCUCAUUAGUAUGUUCAAAUUAUUUUAAAAAUAUCGGUUUUUUAAAAGAUUAUAGAAGGUUAAAUGUUGCAAUAACUAGAGCAAAAAGACACGUUGUUGUAGUAGGAAACUCAAAUACCAUAUCUAAUGAUACUGUAUUAAAUGAAUUAUAUGAAACUAUAUUAACUUAUGGUAAAAUUUAUUUAGUUAAUGAAAUCAUCGAUGUUGAACAAAUGAUUAUGAAUAAUUAA